CGACAAGUGAUUUUUUGGGGCUGCAGCACGAAACCGCAAUGGGAAAAUUCUUAAAAUCUGGUAAAGCUGUUAUAGUUUUGAGUGGCCGUUAUGCAGGUCGCAAAGCUGUAAUUAUCAAAAAUCACGAUGACGGCACUGGUGAUAGGCAGUAUGGACAUGCUCUUGUUGCUGGUAUAUCUCGCUAUCCAUUGAGAAUAACCAAGCGUAUGGGCAAAAAACGUGCCAGCAAAAGAUCCAAGAUAAAGCCAUUUGUCAAAGUCUUCAACUACAACCAUCUCAUGCCUACACGCUACAACGUGGAUAUGUCAUUCGAUAAGCAAGUAGUCAACAAAGAUGUUUUCCGUGAUCCAGCUUUAAAAAAGAAGGCAGUUCGUUAUGUUAAAGCUAACUUUGAAGACAGAUACAAAACUGGAAAGAAUAAGUGGUUUUUCCAAAAAUUAAGAUUCUAAAACUCUGGUUUUAGUUGUACAUUCUUAACACGAGAUAUUUCAAUAAAUUUGAACAAAAAAU